AAGAAAAAAAUUUAAGCAGUCGCAGGGGGGUUCGAGAAAGUCAGCAAUAGUCAGCGACAGUUUGAGAAGUUCAGCGAUCGUUAGCGAUAGAUUGCAAUAGUGUGGGAUCACUUUAUGAUAACUUUUUUUUUUUUUUACAUUUUUGAGCGCGCCAAUUUGUGCCAUUUAUAAAGCUUGGGCCUACUCCUAAAACUCUGCUUAGAAGCGUUAACAGAUACUUUUGAAAACCAUGAAGGGAUUUUGCGCUGACAAUAUUUCUUCCCAGAAUUUGAUGAAGUCCUCAGUUCAGAGGAGUAUCAAAGCGACGAUUUUAAAGCAAUAUCCCAAAUUAGAAGAUUUCAUUGAGGAUAUAUUUCCCAAAAAGGGGCCCCUUUUUUUAGGAAAAUGCAUAAACCACGUGACUGUAAUUAUUGGGAACAAUGAGUUGCUCUUUUUUCAAAUAAGGAAUGGUCCUUGGAUGCCCAACUUAAAAUUAGUGCACAAAUACCCCUUCAUGAUGCCACAGAUACAAGUUGACAAGGGAGCCAUAAAAAACGUCCUGCGUGGGUCGAAUAUAAUGUGUCCUGGAGUUACAUCCCCCGGUGGGAAGCUAGACGACGUGGAAUCAAACACGGUGGUCCAAAUUCGAGCGGAGGACAAAGAGUUCGCGUGUGCCCUAGGAAUAACUACCAUGUCGUCUAAGGAAAUCUUGGAGGUGAACAAGGAUAUCUGCAUUGAAAAUAUACAUUACCUGAAUGAUGGCUUGUGGAAUUGCAAAAUUGAGAAUUAGUUGUGGCGGGGGUUGCGCUCAGCGGAUUGGAUAACCCUCCUGGGGUGUGCACGCCGUCCUGAAUAGAAGAAAAAAGGAGGCAUCAACAUACGGGCGGUCAUUUGUAGCUCCUGGCAGCUUUGAUCAUCUCCUCGCAGCUGCUUUUAUUUGAUUCGUUUGUAUCACGUUUUUUCGAAGCACUAUUUUGUAACGCAUCAAAUGGGGUGAGAGGCAUUUGUGCCAGAUUUCCUCUUUUAAAAUUUAUGCAGCGUUAUAUGUGUAACUACAUAUUCGGAUGGUGUUUGUUUUCGUUAAAGGUAUGUUCCUUUAGAGAUUAAAUUUGGGAAUAUGUUUUUUUUUUUUUUUUUUUUUCUUCUCCUUCUUCAGCUUAAGUCAUUUGUUCUUCAUUUUAAUGCAAAUGUUGCGAAUUCGUUAACUUUGGUUCUUUGUCGACAGCGGGGGUGGGAAUUUUCGCCUUGUCAUUUUCCCCUGCAUUUUGCGCCAAACAAUUCGUGCCUUUCACACUUUAUUUUCGCGCUAUCAUUUUGCUUCGACGUUUAUUUUUUCACCUUUUAUUUGGCCCCAUUUCGCUAUCUUCCAUUUUAAUGUGAUAAAAUUCGCAUAUAAACCAUUU